CUAUAAGGUGUCAGGAUGUUGCGGUCUAUUUCUCCAUGGAGGAGUGGGAGUAUGUAGAAGGACACAAGGAUCAGUACAAGGAUCAGGUCAUGAUGGAGGAUCAGCAGCCCCUCACAUCACCAGUCAGAUCCAGUAAGAGAACAGCACCAGAGAGGUGUCCCCAUCCUCUUGAUGAACAGAAUAUGGAGGACAUUACUACAGGGAAAGAUCUGAUCUAUAUUAAGGCUACAGACAUAAAGGAAGAAGAAGAAGAGACAGAUGUGAGCGGUGAUGAGCAGUAUAAGGAGGACAUUCAUACAGAUAACCGCACAGAUUCUUGUACCAGGAGAUCAGAGGAGAAUCUUAUAUCUUCAGAUUAUAAAGCAGAUGAUGAUAUCACACAAGAUACAUAUGAAGAACAUUCCAUUAUCCCAGAUACACCCUCAGCCCUUCACAGCCAAGAUCUGUCAUCUCAUCCUUAUAUACAGGUCCUGUCUUCUCAGUCAUCACAGGAUGUUCAGCAAAAUAAAAGUCACAAAAGGGGUGUUGGGCAUCAAAGAGAUUGUGCAGGGAAGAAGCAAUAUUCAUGUUCAGUAUGUGGAAAAUGUUUUACUUCUAAAUCAAGUCUUGUUGAACAUCAGAGAACUCACACAGGGGAUAAACCAUUUUUAUGUUCAGAAUGUGGAAAAUGUUUUACUUUUAAAUCACGGCUUGUUAGACAUCAGAGAAUUCACACAGGAGAGAAGCCAUUUGUAUGUUCAGAAUGUGGAAAAUAUUUUACUCAGAAAUCACAUCUGUCUGAACAUCAAAAAAUUCAUAUUGGAGAGAAGCCAUUUUCAUGUUCAGAAUGUGGAAAAUGUUUUACUCAGAGAUCACAUCUGUCUGAACAUCAAAAAAUUCAUAUUGGAGAGAAGCCAUUUUCAUGUUCAGAAUGUGGAAAAUGUUUUACUCAGAGAUCACAUCUGUCUGAACAUCAAAAAAUUCAUAUUGGAGAGAAGCCAUAUUCAUGUGCAGAAUGUGGAAAAUGUUUUACUCGAAAAGCAAGUCUUCUUAUACACCAAAGAACGCACACAAAGUAGCCUUCUAACUUGUCAAAUUGUACAAAAACUACAACAUUGCAGUCAGUCACAAGAGACAUCAAUUUAGAGCAAUAAAUUUACAUGGGAAAAGUAUUAGUAUUCCAGAAAAUGUCUGAUAUACAAAAUGCAAAUAGAAUCCAAAUAACACAUCUGUAUAUAUGUCACCA